AUGAGUUUCUCCAGGAACACAACUUUCCUCGUUUUCGCUUCAAUCCUUGCGGCAGUCUGUGCCGAAGAGGCGUUGGUACCGCUCGUGGAUUUGGUCGAUAUCACAGACCUCGGCAUCAGUCUCCGGUGGGAUGUAAUUCUCCCGCUCGAUCCGAGAGACUGUCACUUCUUGGUUGAAGUUUGCCCCGACAUACAUGGUCUUCCUUGUUUCACAUAUGAUCGGCUACCCCACGAUACGCGAACGCUACUGACAGAGUUCAAACCCUUUGUUCUUCAUAAUAUAACAGUCAGCACCGUUUGUCAAUACUUCGAUGAACAAGCGAUCAGAGCGACUUCUGAAGCUCGCACCGUCUUCGCCGCCAUCCAUCCCUCCGCUCCUGAAGUCCAGCUGGUGGAGAAGCUCGAAGAAAGUAUCUCCAUCCGCUGGCUCGCUCCCGGAAAACCGGCAGGCCCAAUUCAUGGAUACGAAUUAAUCAUCAUAAACUCCGAAAACGAGGCCUCGUCUGAUAAUAAUUGGGUCGAUCGUCCCUCGACCACUCUGGACUGGAAAUUCGAAGACCUGGAUGAAGACACUGCGUACGUCGUGAAGGUUCGCGCGUACAACAUAAACAAAAAUGGGAAGCAUCUCACAUCGCCCGGAUCUACGCUAAAGGUGAAAACAGGAUCCCGUGGGAAAGGCUACUUCUGGGACGGUCUUCUCGCAGUUUUCGGCUUGACCAGUGCCUGCGCUGUUCUAUACGCAAUCUACAUCAGAUACAGAAGACACCGUGGGAACUGGAAUCAUUAUGAAUCGCGGACUAACGCUCUCUUCCAAGCUAGAGAUGGAAUCGAAAUCGAGAUGGGGGAGGAACCGUACGUCUGCUGA